AGACGGAGAGCAGCCACGAGACUUGCUGGGACCUGUGGUGACCCUUGCCGCACAAGAUGACAGCAAGAGACGGGCCCCAAGAUAGGUACAAGGCUGUCUGGCUGAUCUUCUUCAUCCUUGGCCUGGGAACACUGCUGCCAUGGAAUUUCUUCAUGACCGCCAGGGAGUAUUUCAUCAGCCGCCUUGCGGAUCGAGAGAAUAUGAACUGCUCCCAGAACCAGACCGGAGAGGCUGCCUUGUCCCCCUCCUACCUGCAGUCUAUGUUUGACAACUUCAUGACUCUCUGCGCCAUGGUGCCCCUCCUUGUCUUCACCUGCCUCAACUCCUUCAUCCACCAGCGGAUUCCCCAGCAGAUCCGCAUCUCGGGCAGCUUAGUGGCCAUCGGGCUGGUGUUCUUAGUCACCGCCAUCAUGGUGAAGGUUGCCAUGGAGCCUCGUCCCUUCUUCAUCUUUACCAUGAUCAGCAUCGUCUUCAUCAACUCCUUUGGUGCCAUCCUCCAGAGCAGCCUCUUUGGGCUGGCAGGGCUCCUGCCUGCCAGCUACACAGCUCCCAUCAUGAGUGGGCAGGGCUUGGCGGGCACCUUUGCUGCUUUGGCAAUGAUCUUCAGUAUUGCCAUUGGUGCCCGGCAACCUGAGAGUUUCAUCGGUUACUUCACCACGGCCUGUGUGGCGAUCGUGCUGGCAAUCUUCUCCUACGUCCUUCUGCCUCGCAUGGAUUUCUUCCGAUACUACUCCAUGAAGGACAAGACAGAGUACCGUGUGUACAAUGCAGAGCUGGAGACCAAGAGAGAUCUGAUUAAGAAAGACGAGCCCAAUGGGGUGGAGCAGAAUAACUCAAAGAUCAUCCCUGUCCUCAACCCUGACGAGAAGCCCUCAGUCAUUGCUAUUUUUAAGAAGCUCUGGGUCAUGGCUGUGUCCGUCUGCUUUGUCUUCACUGUCACCAUUGGCGUCUUUCCUUCCAUCACAGCCAAGGUGUCCACUGACCUCGGAGAGGGAAACAGAUGGAGUCUCUACUUCAUCCCUGUCUCCUGCUUCCUGCUCUUUAAUGUCUUUGACUGGACGGGACGGAGUCUCACUGCCCUCUUCACAUGGCCGGGGAAGGACAGCUGCCUCCUGCCAGUGAUGGUGGCCCUCCGUGUCAUCUUUAUCCCUCUUUUCAUGCUGUGCAAUGUGCAGCCCCGUGACUACCUGCCUGUCGUAUUCUAUCAUGACGCCUGGUACAUCAUCUUCAUGAUCUUCUUCUCUCUCUCCAACGGCUACCUGGCCAGCCUUUGCAUGUGCUUUGGGCCCAAGAAAGUGCUUGCCCACGAAGCAGAGACAGCUGGAGCCGUUAUGACCUUUUUCCUGUCACUGGGCUUGGCCCUAGGAGCUGCCAUCUCCUUCCUGUUCCGAAUGCUCAUCUAG